GAACAAUAAUCCCAUUAACCGAUUUCUAUGCUUGCCGCCUAAUUCGAACUUAUUUUGCCUCCAAAUCACCUUACAAUCAUUCUCAUCAUCGAGGAACUCAAACCCUAAACCACGUCGAUCCUGUCCAAUGGCGCUCCCCUUCUCCCAUUCCAUCCCCUCCCCCGUCUCCCUCCACCCAAUGCCCUCGCAUUUGGCCGCGGACGCGCCCGCCGUCCCCGUCCUCCCCCGCUCGACCGACCACCACCACCACAAGCUCGUCAUCUCGGGGGGUGGCCACCUCUCCGGCCACGUCCCCAUCAGCGGCUCCAAGAACUCCGCCCUCGCCGUGCUGGCCGGCGCCCUCUGCUGCUCCGGCGGCGCCGUGGAGGUCCGGGGCGUGCCCGACAUCUCCGACGCCCGCGCGAUGGUGGCGAUCCUCCGUUCCCUGGGGGCGCAGGUGCAGGAAAGGGGCGGCGGGGAGUUGGCGGUGGACUCCACCGCGCUGAGCUCGGCGGAGCCGGCAGCGGACGAGGUCAGGAAGAUCCGGGCGGGGUUCUUUGUGCUGGGCCCCCUGGUCGCGCGGCUUGGGGAGGCGGCAGUCGCUCUGCCGGGCGGGUGCAGCAUCGGAGCGCGCCCUGUUGAUCUCUACCUCCGUGGCCUCUCCGCUCUCGGCGCUGUCGUGGAACUGAGGCAUGGGAAAGUGCAUGUGAAGGCAGCAAAUGGCAGAGGACUCACCGGAGGACGGUUCCAUCUCGAUUACCCGAGUGUUGGCGCAAGUGAAACCCUCAUGAUGGCGGCUUCAAUGGCAGAGGGAGUGUCCGUGCUCACCAACGUAGCUCAGGAACCCGAAGUGGCAGACCUCGCUCGGUUCCUCGUCGCCUGCGGGGCGCAGAUCAAAGGGGUUGGCACUCGCACGCUUGUCAUCGACGGUAGAAGGUCGUUGCAUGGAGCUCAGUUCACCGUGAUACCGGACAGAAUAGAAACCGGCACUUUCAUGGUUGCAGCAGCAAUUACCCGAUCUUGUGUUUCGUUGUCCCCUGUCAUCCCUUGUCAUCUAACCAUCAUCAUCGACAAGCUCUCUGCGGUUGGCUGUAGGAUUUCGCAGAAGGGAGAUGGCAUUCUUGAGGUUGGGGAAAUCUGGGUCUGCUGCUGCUCGUCUCUCUCCAUGCUUAUGCCUGAUGUUUUGAGGCAUAACUACUUGCAGGUUUCAGCUGCGACGGCAACCGCCGGUGGUGAUCUUCGAGGGUUGUAUCUCAAGACAUUGCCUUAUCCAGGCUUUCCUACGGAUCUUCAACCUCAGUUCAUGGCCUUGUUGACGACUUGUGGUGGACCAAGCAUCGUUGAAGAAUCUGUUUUUGAGAACCGAAUGCACCACGUGAAGGAGUUGCAAAAGCUGGGUGCCAGAAUAGAAGUUCAUGGGAGGUCAGCCUUUGUUAAAGGGAGAACAACACAAAGGAAUGUUGCUCUUUCUGGUUCAAAAGUUGAAGCAGCUGAUUUGAGGGGUGGAGCUGCCCUGGUUCUAGCGGGAAUGGCCGCGAGAGGAGUCACAGAAGUUGUGGGUGUCCAUCAUAUCGAUAGAGGCUAUGAGAACUUUGAAGCGAAGCUUCUCAACCUGGGAGCAGAUAUAAGUAGAGAGGUGAUCUGCUAACACAAUUGUAUGUUGAGAUUUAGUAGUCAAGUAACUAAAAUUGUCAUAAUUUGUAUAACCACGAC